UGGUUUAAAUAGUGCAAUUUGAUAAGAAGGUUGACCAACAUGAAUAGUUCAUGCAAUAUUAUUACAUGAACACAUCUGCAAUUAUGAAUUCCGUUUUGUAUGCAGCGAUUAUUUCAGUUCUUCCUGGCAGCGUUUCUUGCGAUGAGGGACAUAAACGUUUGCUUCUACACGAUGACGCUUCUCUAAGCCAGGCCUACCAGACACUAGCUGCAGAAGUCAAAGAAAUGAAAUCUACAAUUACAACUUUGACGUCUACUGUAGCUAAUCUACAAAGUUCAUCAGGAAGUGGCGGUGGAAGUGUUUAUUUCCGAUGGGGGAGAACAUCUUGUCCGGCAAACGGUACAUAUCUCAUCUACUCAGGACAUGCAGCGGGGGUCCACUAUGGCAGUAAAGGAGGAGCCACAAAUCAUCUAUGUCUGCCAACGGACCCACAAUGGGCACAUUACGAAGAUGCGGUAAAAUCUGGCGGUAAAAUUUAUGGUGUGGAGUAUCAAUUUUGGGACUAUCAUUCGAACGGCGGUUCUGCUUUUUUGGCGGUAAAAAUAUGAACAAUGAAGAUGCACCGUGUGCAGUUUGCCGCUCCCCAAGACCGGAAAUGUUGAUGAUACCAGGACGUCUUGAAUGUUAUCCAGGGUGGACAAAAGAAUACAAUUGAUACUUAGUGACUGAAGAAGUUCUGCAUAAAUCCGCUUCCGAGUAUAUAUGUUUGGAUUCCAGCCCAGACGUUAUCUUUGGAGGUCAUAUCAACCAAGAUGGUCGUCUGUUUUUUCUCGUAGAAGGCGUGUGUGGCUCCUUGAAAUGUCCACCUUAUGUUGAAGGACGUGAGCUAACAUGUGUUGUUUGUACAAAAUAAAUUUA